GUUUGUGUAAUUUGGAUAUGAUUGGUGCUGAAAACGGAUACAUAUGCCCCGACGCUACCUUUCAUCGCCUUGAUUCUACCGGUUUUUCGAAGCGAAUUUCAGCGCCGGCGUUCGAUCCACAGAAACUAGUAGAAUCCAUGGCCUCGAAGCAAUUGGGGAAGAAGAUGGUGGAGUCGAUUGAAGUUUGGGCUUCUCCGAGGCCUUGUCCGAGAAACCCUAUGAGCUUCUCCGACUCUCCGCAGUUGCUGAUUCAGAACUACUCCAAUUUCAAGACGAGUGGUUUGCCUUCCCGUUUCAUGUUUUAUCGGGGCAGUUCGUGGCUUGAUUUUCCCACCCAAGUGCUCGAAACCUUGCGGGCGGGUUUCUCCGAGCAGAGGCCGGUGAUGGAGUUGCAAAUUGAAGGAUCGAAGUACCUGUUUGAUUUGUACCGGAUGUUGCAGAUUGACUUCAACACUGGUAGUCAGAGAUCGGUUGCUUGGAUCGAUGAAAAUGGUAAGUGUUUCUUCCCUAAAGUAUUUGUCUGCGAGGAGAGGGCGAAUACGUACGGAGACUCUUGGAAUCCGAAAAUUGAAAUUGAAAUUACGGUUGACGGGAUGUCCGGGAAGAGAAAGAGGGAGGCGAUAGAGAUGAACGGGGAAGAAUAUGAAGUCAAUUCUACUAACGAACAUGUGGAAGCGAAGGCAUCGAAAGUACCGCGUGUGAUUGCUAACGAUUCUGAAGCUCUUGCUGCCUGGCCGAACGUGAAAGCGCUAACUGAAGGAGAUAGUGCGUACACGUUGGUGAGCAAUUUCUUUCUCUCUUCGAUGAAAAAAGUUGAUCCUGGUUCUGCAAUCACCGCAAUCCAUCAGUGCACGCGCACGGGGCCAUUGGAAAAAGCUCGCCUCGAUGUGUUUCAGAAGCAGAAUGAGAUUACAACUGCUGCUCGUGGUGUGUCCAAUAUGGUGUAUGCAUGGUAUGGAGCUUCCGCAGAAACUUUGGCGGGAACUUUGGCUCAUGGAUUUGGGGAGCCUCUUCAGCUUCCUGCCAAUGAUACCCAUGGCAUUGGAGUUUAUUUGUCUCCAGUGGGCUUGCCCCAUUUAUGUUCUAAGCUAUUGGGGGCCGACGAGGAUGGUGUAAAACAUAUGGCUCUAUGUCGAGUUAUAUUGGGUAACGUUGAAAAGGUUGAGGCAGGAUCUCAGCAAUCCCAUCCUUCGAGUCCAGAGUUCGACACUGGUGUGGAUGAUCCGACAUGUCCUAAACGGUAUAUUGUAUGGUGUAGCAAUAUGAAUAGACACAUUUUACCGGAGUACAUAGUGAGCUUCAAAUCAACAUAUCAUUUGGCAGACAAGUUGAGAGAAUCGACAGAUACAAAGUAUUCCCUAGUGAAAUUACUUUCUAAGAUGAAGAAUUCCCUGCCUACCUCUAAAGUUCAAGAGGUUGCGACAUUGUUUCAGACAUUUAAGGCUGGGAAAUUGGCAAAAGAUGUUCUUGUUAAAAGGUUGCGAUCAAUUGCUGGAGAUGAGAUGCUACUAUCCAUGAUUCGCGAAAUUCGUGGAUCUCAAUGAGUUUUUUACAGGCUGGAAAGAUGGCGACAGAUUUUUGGGACUAUCGGGUCCAGGCCAGUUAUCUGGAUGAGUCGGAUCUUUUAAGAAAAGAUUAGUAUCUAAGAAUGAAAAUGGCCCCAUUUCCAACUCUACAACCUCAAGCUGCUGCCCUUUGGGAGUAGGGGGGACUCAAUAGUUGGCAUUGAACAUUGAUGUUGGCUACAAACAAAUGGUCUAUGUCCUCAACAAGUGUUCAUCUUGGAUUGGAGAAUUUUUGCAGUGCACCCACUACCUAACGCCAUGGAUUCGUGUUCAACGCGUUGUCAGAUGUUGUCAGAUGCUGUCAAAUGUCCAAUUGAAAAAGAAGAAGGAAUCGGAGUUUAUGAUGUUCUUACUAUAUAUUAUAUAUGGUCAUGGUAUUGGGGCCCAUCCUCACUAAUCUGUCAGCUCUAGCAAAUUUCAAGGAGCAACAGAAUUAAUUCUUCUGAUUUCUAGCAUCUGUGGAUCUAUCUCAGAACCUGAGAAGUGUUCCAAGAUUCCAAAUGUUUAUACUAUGUAUGUUCUCUCUCUCUCUCCUCUUUUACAUAUUUUUACCCAAAUUAUCUAUAAGAUCUAGAACCCAUCAAUGGUCAAAUUAUUUCCAACCCCGAUUAUCUGUCGGAGAAAACAUGUAUGUGGAUGUUUAUUGGGCACUUGAAAAUAAGUUAAUCGACAUAUUGUACAUAGUUCAAUUGGUUAAAGUAUAAAGUAACUCUGCAGAGGUUCAAAUUUACAAA